AUGGUGGUAAGUCACUUCACUGUUCCAGUUCCCGUCAACUGUGCUCUUUUCCCGAUAAGAAAAUCAAAUAUUGAUUCGAUCAUGCAACUUUUCCACUUGCUCACUACUACUGGCGCCCUUCUUCUAUUAGACUGCAACACAAGAGCAGCAGAACUGAAUUUAUGCGAUGCAAAAGGAACAUUGCAGUGCGAAAACUAUCAAACUUGUUGUUUGUUCGCAAAUGGUGAACAUGGGUGCUGUCCAUUCACGAUUGCAAAUUGUUGUCCUUCGACCAAUUUUUGUUGUCCGGCUGGGUUUCGCUGUGGGGAUAGCAAUUGCCUUAGGAUAGAUUUGUGA